AUGAAAAUGUAUUACAAUGUGUCUGUGCCAAGGGCUUUGGCAUUCAUCAAACGGCUCAGCACCCUCACCCUGCAGGUGCUGCAUCCUGAAGCCCUGGGCCUCCUAUCAGCCCUGCGCCAGUUGGUUCAUAGCUUUCCCAAGUCAGACUUGCUGUUUGAUGCAGAAACCCUUGGGAGUGGUACUUUCUUCCCUGAGCUGGCUGAUCCCGAGCAUUGCAAUGCCCAUGCCACUGCACUGUAUGAACUGCACACCCUCAGAAGACACUAUCACCCAGUGGUGAGGAAAUAUGGCAAUCACAUCUGCCACGGAGCCCCUUCCUCAGGAAAUGGUCAGCUUCCACUUGAGAUGACAAAACUGAGUCCAGAAGAGCUGUACAAUGCAUACGAUGCAGGUCUUAUGAAAUUCAUCCCAGACCUACCAAAGGAAGCCCCCAAAACCAAGAGAGUACAGGUGCCAUAUGAUGAAUUUGUGCAAGACAGUAUCACACAGGAUGCCAGCAAUAUGUUGGAGAACAGUUCUCUCGGGAAUAUUUCCAUGACAACAGACUUUUAUUCUGGAAAUAAGAAGAGAACUAAAAAGCAACAAUUAAAAUGUUCUAAGAAAAUUAGGUGAAAAGGACUCACCUUAUAAACGCAGCUUGCAAAUUCUGUACAAGAGGCUUUGAUAUAUAUUUUUAAUAAUAAGUUUCAUCAAUAACUGUCAGUGCUACAGCAGUGAAAUUGCUCUAGUAAAGAUAAACAUUGAAGAAAUGAUAGACAACUAUAUUUUACUCUUAUUCUUUCUUGAAAAAUAUGAAAUAGAGAGUAUUUUGUAUAAGUGAAAUUGGACCAUAAUACCCUCCUAAAAACACUCAGUCAUGAGACUUGAUUGAUAGACAAAAGGUAUUUCUGAGGGUCUAACUGAGAAAUAUGAAGCAAUUUUACAAAUUAUGCUGUGUUGAAGGAUAAUGUUUAUAACACCUAAU